UUAUAUACUUUUGGCAUUAAGAUCUUACAAUGGUAACGCUUUAAUUGCGAAUGUAAUUAUCACAAAUAGUUGUAUACUUCAUAAAAGUUCAAAGAGACAAUAAAAGAGGAUGCAUGCUAUAUUUGAAAUCAUUUCUCUUGAAAAGUAUGCAAGUAAUGAAAAAUUGUAUUCUGCGUUUUUCCACAUAUUCUUUUAUGAGAUAUCACAUAUUUCUUCGCCGGCUGCACUACAAUGUAAACUGUAUACAUUUUAUAACAGAUUAUAUCGAAAAGUUCUCAAUCGUAGCAAUUUAUCGAAAAAAGCAUGCGGAACGAUAUAUCCAGGAGCAUUAAUGUUUUUCUCUCCUUCGCCAAACGAAGGUGUCGAUCGACGUGGUAACUCAGACGCGAAAAUUCUCUCGCGUUAACGUACAGCCGGCGAAGAUUCGAGCGAGCUCCACUAACGACACCUCGCAACGUCGAUCGCGCACCCCUUCUUCGUACUCUAUGCACCCGCCCUCGUUGGAAAGCAGCGACGCAGGGUAGUGUUAAUGGGCGUACUCGCGGUUAACACCCUUAGAACCGCCGCGGUGGGGACACAACCGGGUUCACCGACGAGCGAACGGAGGGUGCAGCGAACAUGUAUGCACGGCGCAGCGCGGUGGGGAUAAGUCCGACGUAGAGGAGAACAGGGUGAGCGCGCGAAGGCGAGCGAGCGAGAAGGCCGGCUCUGGCUCGAGUAGCGUCGGAAAAGGCGUCGAGUCCAACGCCGCUCGGAUUGGCGCCGGAACGCCAAUCCGGACUACGAGCGCUCAUUAUCGCCCGACGGCUGGGUAGGGAGAAGGUGCCACGGGAUUCCCACCACCUCUCGCCGCUACGCGCUAUCCAGUCCCACGUCCGUCGUCUCCGUCGCUCUUCCGACGGCUCGCCGCCGAUGCCGGCAGUUGGGGAAGGCCGGUCCCCACUCUGGCUACAGUACGGUCACCGCGGAAGGGAGGAGAACCCCCGCACGGUCUCAGUCUUCGCGUCGCUGCCCUCCAGCAUUCACGCCUCCCGCGUCCGUUCCGCGGCGCAGGCACACCGCGGACUAUAUACACGCGCGUAACGCACGCACACGUAUCCGCGGACCACCCAUAUACACGCGGCGCGCCGCGUACACACCGCCCUGAAUCCGGACGGGGACUUUAGCACACCAACACCUCCGCGGGAGGUGUGGGGGUGAGCCCCCAGAGGAGGUGUCAAUCCUAGCGCUGCUCAGUGACCAUCGCGGCGCCACCCAAGUAACACCUUUCGUCCGCUCUUCAGCCCCGAACGAUCGUCGUCGACUACCGAGAGGAGAUAAACCUGCUGCUUUUUAUCGUCAUUGCCAUCGUCGUCGCCGACCGCGCACACGUUGUGUACACGCGUGUCAUCCACCGGCUUGUAACAUUUUUCCAAACUGAACUUGUCCUUCUUGUGUACCCUCGUGUUGUUAAGCCCGUCGGACGGUUAACGGGGCCCGUUGGCCUAAACUUGCCGUGAAUCGUGAGCGCAGUGUCGUGUUUCGAAGCGUUCGAAAGAAAACGAGAGGAGAAAGAGAGACGCAGGCAGAGUGACACAGAGAUCGGCGACCGGCAAGUCCGCGUCCCAGGCAAGUCGGUGAGAAAUCAGUGAUCAGUGAACGCCGGAUAAGCACUAUGGCCUAGAGUGACUCGCGGCUAGUGUUUCGACGAUGGGAGUGACUCUUAUACUGAAGAUCUACCACGCGGCGUCACCGUAGACGUCCGCUCCGCGAGUGCUCGAGCUCCACGACGAUAGCUCCGUGUGCCAGUGUGCCAGUCUUGUUCGGUGAGGUGCUUGCGAAAGCGGAUGACUUGCACAUUUUUCGAUUACACGCGGAUGACACCUCGACAUGUACUUUGCAUUAUGGUGAAACGUCGCUGAAACAGUCGGACAGUCCUGCCGGCAGGACCGUAUCGUAAGAUGUCGACUACGCGGCUCUCGGCAUCCAGUGAGACGAUCGUCGGCGAUUUCCCGCGGCCCGAGAUUCGCGCGGAAGAACGCGGGCGUUCCGAGAAUUGUGAUCGGCGAUCUUGAAUAAGCGCGCGAGCCUCCUGCGAGAACGUGUACGAGUCUGAAUAUGAGGAGGAACGAGCGCGAUCGUUGAGGCAAGUUCAGAUACAUUACGAAGAGCAGCCUCCGGUCCGACGGCUCGUGAAACGACAGCGCGCAUUCGGGUCGAAGAAACGAGAGCGAGAGGAGAGAAUCAUCGCGCGCGAGCCAGCAGUCGAAGCAGGUUUGAGUCACUCGAAGAGGAAUCUCGCGCGACUCGGCACACCCGCCCGUCUCGAUGAGAUUCGAACAAGACACGGCGUGCAGGGGUACCCACUGCGCCAGCACUCCGCAACCCUCCGCGCUGCAGCAGCGAUCACGGCCCGAGGAGGAGGUGGUGGUGGAGGAGGAGGAGGACUCCUCCGCGAAGGACGUCGACGGUCAGCGACGUAGACUUGUCAUAGAAUUGGAGGCUAACGUGGUCGAGGGUGCAAACACGGGGCCGCGGGCCGAGGCGGGGGGGCCUGGGAUGGCGUACCCCGCGUCAGCGACGGCUCUGAAUCAGCACUCGCCCUUCGCAAGCUCGAUCGCCGGCGGCACGCCGCCCGCAAGCAACCCGAACGGCCACAUCGGUGCCGGCACCGGACACCUGCCGGCACCGGCGGCACCGCGACCGACGGACUUCAGCGUCUCCUCGCUGCUCACAGCGGCCAGCACUCAUCCGCCCGGUAUCUUGGGCGGCUCUUCGUCGCAGGGUAGCGCAUCACCGCCACCCGGCGGACCCGGAAGCCCGGCCGCGGCGCCGGAAACGCCGCCGCCCUUGCCCGUGAGCGGCCAACGCGACUUGUCACACCCGUCCUCAGCUGUGGCGGCCGCUAGCUACUUCAGCGCUGCCGCCCUGGCGGCAGCGGGUUUCUACAAUCCGGCGGCCCAUCUGCCGCCCACCAGCUCGCCGGGGCCAACGGCGGCGGCGCAUCAUCUUCAGAGCAAGGGGAUACUCACUGGUGCGCAUCACCAUCCGCAUCUCAAUCCGCACGGUAUCACGCCGCCAGGCCUGGGUUUAGGCCCGCACACGCCGGAAGAAGCCGCCGUCCUGGCGGCGGCAGCCGCGGCAUUACAUCACCAUCACCAAGGCCCCGGCGGUCCUACGAUGAGGCCCCUGAGGCCACCGUUACCGCCGGGGAUGCUCCACACGUCGCCGCAUCCCCUAGCCGCGCAUCAUCCUCUUUCGGCACCGCAUCAUCCCCUUGUCCCGCCUCAUCAUCCGGAGGAGGACGGCGUCGUCGACGACCCCAAGGUCACGCUCGAGGGCAAAGAGCUCUGGGAGAAGUUCCACAAGCUCGGAACAGAAAUGGUCAUCACGAAGAGUGGCCGGCAGAUGUUUCCUCAGAUGAAGUUCCGAGUUUCCGGUCUGGACGCCAAGGCCAAGUACAUCCUCCUGCUGGACAUCGUUGCCGCCGACGACUACAGAUACAAGUUCCACAACAGUAGGUGGAUGGUGGCGGGUAAGGCGGAUCCGGAAAUGCCGAAGAGGAUGUACAUACAUCCGGACUCGCCGAGCAGCGGCGAGCAGUGGAUGCAGAAGGUCGUGAGCUUCCACAAGCUCAAGCUCACCAACAACAUCAGCGACAAGCACGGCUUUACGAUACUGAAUUCGAUGCACAAGUAUCAGCCGAGGUUUCACCUCGUGCGAGCCAAUGACAUCCUAAAGCUUCCGUACUCGACGUUCAGGAGUUACGUUUUCAAGGAGACGGAGUUCAUCGCCGUGACGGCCUAUCAAAACGAAAAGAUCACCCAGCUGAAGAUCGAUAACAACCCCUUCGCGAAAGGAUUUCGGGAUACCGGCGCGGGGAAGCGCGAGAAAAAAAGGCAGGCGCUACUGACAGUAUCGGGCGGCGGUUCCCGUUUAACGGCGGGCGGACCAGCGUCGCCGGACAAACGACGCACGUCCAACUCCGCCAACGACAUCAUGGACGACGACGACAAGCUGCUGGACGUGGUCGGACCCGACACGCCGCACCCGGCGCACCAUCAUCGGGAGCGGGAGCACUCGCGCGAGAGGGACGAUCGGACGAGCGAGCGGGGCGAGGGCAGCGAGUCGUCCGGAUCCGAGAGCGGCGGCGGACCGGGACCGACGGGGUCCGAGGGCCCGCGGCCGGACGUCUCCGUCGGCCCUCCGCUGCACCCGCCCCUGUUGCCGUAUCUGUACCCGCCGGUACCCGGUCUCUACCCCGGUCCCGGUCACCUGAUACCGCCCACUCCUCUCGGCCUACACGGCGGCGUCACGCCCGGCAUGCUGUUCAACGCGCAAUUGGCCCUGGCGGCCUCGCAGCAUCCGGCGCUCUUCGCGCACUAUCCCCAUCCCCUAGCCAGUCCCCUGCAUCAGUUAAAGGGACACAGAUUCGCGCCCUACACCCUACCCGCGCCUUCGCACGGUUCCGCGUUCGAGACGGUGACGCCCGGCAGCAGAACCCUGAGCCCGAGAUCGCCACCGCCGAGGCCGCCGACCGACUCGCCGACACCGACCGGUGGCGGUAACACUCUGACCUCGACGACUCCGAGCUCCGCCGGCGAGCUUAAAUCCAUCGAGAACAUGGUGAACGGGUUGCAAGAGAAGAGACGGAGGAGCCCCAGCCUGACGCCCGGACAUCGAGGCGACGACGCCGGCGGAGGGAGUCCGUGACAGGAGAACGAACCUGUGAGCAGCACGAAGGACGACGACCCCGACGAGGACGAGGACUGCGCCGACGAGUCCGGCGGCGACCCGGAGAACCUCUCCGCCGACGAGAGGGAGCCGGACUCCACGUCGGAGCCGUCGUAGCGGCAGGAACGUCGGCUGAUCGGCACUCGAUCCUGCCUGCCUGCUUCUCCUCGUCCUAAUCGGGAGUCCCGGCCGCGGCCGGUCGUCUCCCGGGACUCUCGCUCGACGCGCCGGACGGGAGCGGGGGAGGCCGGACUCUCAUACUACAAAGUGCAAUUUUCUUUCCGGAGCGGCGCCGCGCUCGGGAGGUCGUGCUCGCGAGCGGGAGCGGCGCCCUUCGUGCUUACGGGACGGAACAACACAUGGAGUUCCGCACGUGUUUCCUGUAUCUGUAAAUAGACCCGCCGCGAUUCGCGGGAGCACGAUCGCGCGCGUUAGGAGUGUGUGUCUCCGUUAGGACCGCGCGCGCGGCGGGGUACGUUGGACUCUCGACGGACGCUGCGCGCCGAUCGCGCGUUACUUGUAAAUUAAACGAGACGCGAGGGGUGAAUGCGAUAGGAGAGGAAAAAAUGAGUGCGAGAGAGUGGGAGAAAAAGGGAGUGAGUGAGUCUGCGAGCGCGUACCUGUGUCCCGUGUGAGUCUACGUUCUACCUGUGUACGUUAGGUCUUAAGGGAAGAGAACAGAGAACGAUAUUGCAAUACAAGAGCACCUUCUACUAUUUGCAGUCCCUUGUACAUAUGUACCCUAGUGAUAUUAUAUAUUAUAUUAUAUAUUAUAUUAUAUAUAUAAAUAUUAUAUAUAAAUAUAAAUAACAUCUACUCUCUGUACUAAUUAUUAAAUAUAUUAUUAUAUUAUAACGAUUAGAGACGUAAACGCAUAAACGCACGCUGCCCGAUUUACGCCUCGAAAACGCAAGGUAAAAAAAAAAA